GUCAGAGUAAUAUCUAUGAGUUCAAUAUGAGUUCAACUUUAAGCGCGCUCCUUGAAUACGACGUGCUUUUUCCAAAAUCUCCGGAAAAUACCAAUUCUGUGAAUUAUCCGUUUGGGAAACCUGAUCUUCCUAGCCGGUGAAUUUAAUUCAACCAUUACUUACAUAGUAAAUCUCUGUGUGGUAAGUCCAGCUGUCUCGAACUACUGCCAAAGCUUCAGGUGCUACUUUUGUAGCAGCAUCUUCCUCACUCGUUCAGAGAAACAAGACUUGUUGGUCUACCACGUGAUUGCCGUGAAGCCGAUUAUCCAGAAAGUACUAGGUUUAUUCUCGUGGAAUGGCAUCUCUAAGUGAUAUUUUAUUGCCAUGGGAUCAUACACAGCAUACGAAUAGUCUAUUUUUAACAUUCAAGAAUGCAGAUGGAUGUAUUUGUCACUACAAAUUUCUAUUUUUUUAAGGUUCAUGUACCAGUUACUACAUCGAAUAUUAAUGCUUUGAGAAACAGUUCAGAAUCAUUUGUUAUAGAUAAACUCAAUGAACUAAUGAAUGAAGAGUUUGGACAUACAGUUCAAGAACAUGGUCCACAUUUAUAUCCUGGAUCAACAUUUUUCCUUGAUAGUAAUCCCCGACCUCGUAGAAAAGUCCAUACACAAAGUCAAUUAAUUAGUGAUGCUAUGACUUCACUUGGAAAAGCGAAAUCUCCAGAAAAUGAAGAGAAUACAAUAGAUUUAACAACAAAAUCAAGCGGUGAAUUUGUUGACUUGAUUGAACUAGAAAAACUAUCCAGUGUGUUUUUGAACAGACGCAUUGAAAUGAAUCUUUCUCAAGCUGAUGUAGCACAAUCACUUGCAAAACUUUAUGGAGUACAUCGUAGUGCAACUGUAAUUUCAAGAUUUGAAAGAAUGGAUCUAAGUUUAAGCAAUUAUUUAAAAGUUUAUCCAGUACUAUUAAAAUGGUUAAAGGAUAGUGGAACUGCUGAAGGACGCGAUAUAAUUAUUCGAGCCAUUGUCGAUUCUUAUAAAGAAAAUAAAAAUAAUAGUAAUAAUGAUAAUGAUGCAAGUGGUGGUGAUGUUGGAGAUGGCGAUGGCGAUUGUGAUGGUGAUAGUGAUGGUGAUGGUGAUGGUGCAGACAACCAUGAGACGACGACAUUGAAUGAUAGCAAGGACAAUUCUUCUCUGCUGACAGAAUCUAUCUCAGGUGAAUUUCCUAAAAGGCAACGAAGAACAAACUUACCUGAUAAUGUUAAAAUGGAAUUGGAGAAAAUUUAUAAAAAAAAUCAACGGAUAUCUAGAUAUGAGACUAAAGAAUUAUCUGUGAAAUUCAAUUUAGAUAAGAAGAUUAUACAAAAUUGGUUCUACAAUCGUCGUGCACGUGAUGUUACUAAACUAAGAAAAAAGAUGGGAAAGCUUAAACGAAGACGCUGAUAUUUAUUUAUCUACAUCUACAUACAUAAUAUACAUGCAUUUUUGUAAAUGAGAUUCAUUCAACUUCUUGUAUAUGUAAAGUAUUACAAUCAAUUGGGGGUGGGGUGGGGAGAGAGAGAGACAAGCAGGAAAUACAUAUAUAUAUAUAUAUAUAUAUA